AAAUAAUCCAAGAAGGUUGCAAGACAGGAUACAAAGCUGGGCAGAAGCCGUGGUGGAACUGUAUGUACUUGAAGCCCUGGUUUGAGUCUCUCCUCUAGACUGGUCUCUGAACCGCUCGAAAGCUGUCAGGGCUACCGGGGGAGGGGGGGAGGGGGGGGGGCUGGGCUGGCUCGGGGCGCGGACUGGCUGACACCUGAGAGAUAAGGGUUGUUAUCAGCGCAACCCAGACAUCCCGCCAAAAAGUUUCGCGACGAGGCCUGGACCCUUUUCGAAGAUCCCAUCUGCACCCAUCGCGCCGCGCAUCAUAUUCACGACCGAAAAUGGGAGCCGUACGGACAAAAACGGUCAAGAACAAGCACGCCACGCGUGGCUCUGGCAUCAAGAACAGCAAGGCAGCCAGCAGGGUCGAGAAUGACCCUGUCGUCAAGGCAAAGAAGAAUAAGAACGGCGGAAAGGCGCCCCUAAAACCGAGCCAGAUCGUCAAGGAGCUGCAGAAGAAGCGCAAGAAGAAGGUCUACAGCGAGAAGGAGCUGGGGAUACCGAAACUCAACAUGGUGACUCCAAUCGGGGUGGAGAAGCCCAAGGGCAAGAAGAAGGGCAAGGUUUUUGUCGAUGACAGGGAGAGCAUGAAUACGAUCCUAUCCAUGGUCCAGGCCGAGAAGGACGGCCAGAUCGAGUCCAAGAUGAUGAAGGCGCGGCACAUGGAGGCGAUUCGCGAGGCGCGCAAGCAGGAGGCCGAGAAGAAGGCGGCCGAGCGGAAGGAGAAGCUGGACGAGACCAAGGAGUCGCUGCGCAAGAAGCGCAAGAGGCCCGAGCGCCGCGACGACGACGACAAGGCGACCGAGCGGUCCAUGAGGAACGUUGAGCUGCAGGGCACCAAGGCCGCCAAGCCUAAGAAGAAGAAGAGUGUCUCGUUUGCGUGAGAGGAACCCGAGGGAGCUCCCCAGAUGAGGGAACGAACCGCUUUGUGGGCAUGCAUGAGCACUAGAGGCGCGAGGUGGAAUCAUUGCAUGGCGUUUUUGGAGUUUUCGGACAAACCGGCGGCGGAUUAAAAAGAUUCAGGCUCAUGGGUUUCCUGGUGGAUGGCUUCGCCUCUGUGUCUGGUGGUGAAAUCUCACCUACACAGGACGACACAGGGCUACUCAACGGCCACUGGAAGUCGUUUCGUCCGAGGAUCGCAGCCGGUGAAGAAGGAUGGAUGGCAAAUUCGCUUGUGAGACUUCGGGUCCAAGUGCCGGUACCAUCUCCUUUAUCACAGGCUCAUCCAUGCGCGUUCGUCCUCGCUUGAUGGGUCCAGGGACCCGAUCUAGGACCACCUUCUAGUCUAAUAUUUGUCUAGAGAACAAUCGUAUACCCCAGGCCGUAAAGCGCCUCUGUGUCUAUUCUAA